CCCCAGGUUAUGGAAGUGCUGACUAACAGAAAUCUGUCUUCAUGAAAGUUCACCCAUAACAUUUGAAAGAAUUUUUCACAAUCAAUGCUGGCACCUCACAUGGCUGCAUUCUCAGGCCCUCUACUCUAGUGCCCAUGGCCAGAUUCUGCUUGAAUUUACAGAUGAUACCACUGUAGUGGGCCAUAUCUCAACGUAAGUAGUUGUGGUAAAGGAAGGAGAUAGAGAGCCGAUGUCAUGAGAACGGCUUUUCCCUCACUGCCAGAAAAACAGAGCUGGUCAUUGACUUUUUGAAGGGGACAGUGAACCUACUCCUAUUCACAUUAACAGUGCUGAAGUCAAGAGUGUUGACUACUUUAGUCCCCAUGAGUGAACAUCACCAAUAACCUGUCCUGGUCUUACCAUGAUGACACAACAAAUCUCUCGCAUCUCUAUUUGCUCAGGAGGCUAAACAAAUUGGGCACCAUACACAACAUUCCGGAGGAACUCAGUAGAUCAAUCAACAGCCAUGGAAAUGAACAAACAGUCGAUGUUUCGGGCCAAGACCCUUCAUUGGGACGGGAAAGGAAGGAGAAAGACGCCAGAGUGAAAAGAUGGGGGGGGGGGGGAGGCGAAGGAGGAUAGCUAGUAUGUGAUAGGUGAAGCCAUGUGGUGAACUACAUUUACCUGUCUGAACACGCCCCUCUGCUGACUGCUCCUAUGGCUCCUCCCACAGACCCCUGUAUAAAGGCGAUUGGAGGCACUGCUCCUCCCUCAGUCUCCAGGAUGUUGUGUGGCGGUUUCUUGCUGCUAAUUGUGGUCUCCUGCAGCUAAUAAAAGCCUAUCGUUUGCCUCCCAUCUCCGUGAGUUAUUGACAGUGCAUCAAGCCAGGUGGGUGUGAAAGGUAAAAGGCAGACAAUGAAGGAAUUUGAUAGGAGAGGAGAGUGGACCAUAGGGAAGGAGGGGGGGCACCAGAGGGGUUGAUGGGAAGAUGAGCAGAGAUAACGGGCCAGAGUGGGGAAUAGAAGAAGAGGAGAGGGGCAGGAGAAUUUUUUUUACCAGAAGGAGAAAUCAAUGUUCAUUCCAUCAGGUUGGAGGCUACCCAGACAGAAUAUAAGGAAUUGCUUCUCCACCCUGAAGGUGGCUUCAUCUAGAUGCAUAAAAUUGAUAUGUCAAAAUGGAAAUGGGAAUGAGAAUUAAAAUGCCGGGCCACCAGAAAUUUCCACUUUUGUCGGAUGGAGCGGAAAUGCAGGUGGAGGGGAGGCGCUCGACGAAGCGGUCCCCCAGUUUAUGACAGGUAUCACUGAUGUAGAGGAGGCUGCAUCAAAAGCGUUGCCUCACCUGGAAGGACUGUUUGAGAUGCUGAAUGGAAGUGAGUGAGGAAGUGAAUGGGCAGGGGUAACACCCUGGCUACUUGCAGGAUGGGACAUCAGCGGGGCGGGACAAAUGGAUAAUGGAAUCACGGAGGCAGUGACCCCUGUGAAAAAUGGACAGUGAUGGCAGGGGUGGGGGGUAAAGGUGUGUUUGGUGGUAGAAUCCCUUUGGUGAUGGUAGAAGUUGUUGAGAAUGUGUGUUGAACACGGAGGCUCAUGGGCUGGUAGGCAAGGACGUGAGGAACAUUAUCACUGCUAAAGCUGCGGGAAGAUGGGGUGAGUGCAGAUAUAUAGGAAAUGGAGGAGAUGUGGAUGAAGGACAAAGGGAAGCCCCGUUCUUUAAAGAAGGAGGACAUAUCUGAUGUCCUGGAAAGGAAAGCUUCUUCCUGGGACAGAUGUAGUGGAGAUGAAGAUACCGAAAAAAGGGAAUAGCAUUUUUACAGGAGACAAGAUGGGAAGAGGAAUAGUCAAGACAGUUGCGGGAAUCGGUAGAUUUAUAAAAGAUGUCGGUCGAUAGUUUGUCUCCAGAUAUGGAGACAGAAUGAUCAAGAAAGGGACGGGAGGAGUCAGGGACCAAAUGAAUUUAAGGGCAGGGUGGAAGUUGGAGGCAAAGUUUUUUGAAAUUGACAAACCUAGCUUGGAUGCAGGAAACAGCACCAAUGUAGUCAUCAACGUAGUGUAGGUAGAGUUGGGGGGCAUUACUGGGGAAGUCUUGGAACAUGGACUGUUCGACCUAGCCAAUGAAAAGGCAGGCAUAGCUGCGGCCCGGGCAGGUGCCUACGGCUACCCCUCGAGUCUGACUAGUGAAGACUUAAACAUGGAGUGCUCUACGUAACCUAUGAAAAGACAGGCAUUGCUGGGGCCCAUGUGGGUGCCCAUGGCUACUCCUCGAGUCCGAUCGGGCAUAUUUGGUACAUCUUCUUGACUAUCACCAAUUUGUAUCAUUGCACCAUAGUGAGCAUCCAAUCUGGAUGCAUUAUGGCUUGUUAUGGCAACUACUCUGCCCAUGACUCCAAGAAAAUGCAGAAUCAUGGACAUAGUCCAGCACAUUACUGAAAACCAGCCUCCCCUCAAAGGGCUCUGUUUACAUUUCUUGCUGCCUCAGAAAAGCAGCCAGCAAAUCAAAGGUCCCUACUUCUCUAGACAUUCCCUUUUCAACCCCCUCCCAUUGUGCAGGAGAUACAAAGGACUAAAAAGUCCCAGAGUUGCAGCUGGCUUCAGGGCAACAGAGGGAAUAGGGUCAGUUAAGGAACUAUGGAAACACCAUGUUGCAGUAAUGGCAUACCGUGAAGAAUAUUUGAAUGCUUGGAAACACCAGAACAUUGAGGUUUUACUCUGUCCAUCAUUAGGACCUGCACUUAAUAUUGGAUAUGCAGGAAAAUUGUCAGCUGCAUCCAGCUAUAUGGUUAUUUUCAACUUGUUAAAUUUUCCUGCGGGUGUUCUGCCAGUCACCAAAGUAACAGAGGAAGAUGAAAAAGAGCUGAUGAACUAUACUGGUUACCGAAAUGAUAUUUGGGACAGAACUUUCAAGAAGGCUAUGGCAGGAGGUGUUGAUCUUCCUUUAGCUGUGCAGUGUGUGGCCCUACCCUGGCAGGAUGAACUCUGUCUUCGUUUCAUGAAGGAGGUGGAAAGACUCGUCAAUUUAAAGAAAAUUAUCUAACUACUUCUGGAAGAAUACAGUAUUCAGCAAGCUUUGUUCUGAGAUGACUUUAAAGUUAUUCAGUGUCAAUGAGCCAGCUCCAUUUACCAUUUACAAUUGCACUUCCACUAUUAGGACAUUUGUGUGAAUGACGUUGGGGAAUUAUUGCUUAAAGUGAACUCAGCAGCUUCUCACAAUCAAAAUUUUUUGGAUGAUAAUGUGGCACUUAAUAUUUAAAAAAAGCAAUUCCAGAAAUAUACCAAAUAAAAAUA